AUGGAGGAUCCUCAUCCUGGCGCGACCAGCGCCUGCGCCCUGGGAACACGACGCGUCCCGCGAGGCCGUUACAACAGGGAAAGGAAGGGAAGGGAGCGUAGGGAGGGACCAAGGCCGCGGUUCCGGCGAGCCCGGCUCCCGCGCCGAAAAUCCGCUCCAGGUCGCUCACGACCUGAAGCCGCUCCACGGAUUUCGGCCGCGCUCCGCGUUUUCCCUAUAGCCCUUUGUGUCCCGCGCGCCUUUGGGAACGCGGGAACAAAUAGGUGCGCCCCGCCCGUACUUGAGGAUGGGCGCCACUUUCUGCCCCGCCCCUGCCCGCCAUUUCGCGUUCGGUCGCUUCUCCUGGGUCGACGUUCGUGGCCUCUGUGUGAUGGAUGCCCGGAAGCCAGUACAACAAAGGCCGUAGUUGCUCGAGCUGCGCGGGCUGCGUGUCUUGCCGCUGCCCACGGCGCCCAAUUGCCCCGGUGCGCUCCUCAGCCUGUGUCGGGAAGUCAGGAAGUUGACCAUGCUCCCAGGGCACCAGCUGGGAACUCUCAAGUCCCCACAGAUGUCCGUCAGGAUGGAAGUACCCUCCUCAGGACAUCUGGGCGGCUCUGGGAGUUGAGCAUUGACCGACUAUCAUCCUGCCAGCUGGCCAUGGUCCCUGUGCCACUCAGGCAUGGCAUCAAGUAUGUUUGUGCACUGUGUGCAUUCCUGGGACCCCAAGAAAUCAGAAGAGGGCAACAGAUCCCCUGGAACUGGAUGCUUAUAAGCCACCAUACAGGGUUUCUCGUGCUAUAGCCUGGGUUGACCUGGCCUGGAAUUCACUUUGUAACCCAGGCUGACCUCCGACACAGACCCUCUUAGCCUCCCAAGUGCUGGGAUUAGAGGCAUGCACCACCACCACACCUGACUCGACUUCCCGGAGACGUGCGCGCAAAGGUCUCUGGCUAGGAAGCAAGGCAGCAGAUAAAAGCAGCUGGACUCCUUGUGUAAAUCACAGCACUCCCAGAACCUGGCUCAUACUUCCUCACGUGAAAACAGCAGAAGACCGGGCAGAUGUCUAAACUCGCAAAUAAGGGCAUAUGGCUUGAACUCCUUAUCCUGGGAGCAUGGCCAGCAGGUGCCCAGGAAGAGUAGGCUGUGAACAAUGACAGGCUAGUCACAUCUAACACAUGGUAACUAUGGCCUGGGAAGGUAAGGGAGAAAGACAGCCUCCCUCCGGCGCCAGCAGGAUGUGUGUAAGAAGAGCAGGCCUUAGGUGUUGGUCUUUCUAGGCCCCCAGAACCGAUGGCAAGCUAUUGAUCAAUUCCAGUGACAGGUUCGCAGUCUGCAUCCAGCUUCCUGGCAGGGCCAGCCUCAGCAUUCACAGACUCAGGCUCCUGCCUGGUAACAGUCGCAGAGGCUGGGGACAGACGCAUGGAUGCUGGCUGGAUCUCACACAGCCCCACCCACAUCUUCUGAAGGCGGAAUCUGCUGCCGCCAUCUGUUCCGUGCAGACACAGCUGAACACUCGGCCUCCUGUGCACGGGGAGCGGUUCACACAAGUACAUAUGUGCACAAGUGUGCCUGUGUCACAGAGAGAGAGAGAGAGAGAGAAUGAAUAAAGGGGAUCUUGGUGAAGAGAGCUGAAAAGCUGGUCCAAGUUCCUGUAGGGCCACAGCCCUGGAAUCUCCCUGCUCUCGAGCUGCAGACUGCUGAGUAACCUACCUUCCCUAACCCUGAGGCUGCCUUCUGAACUCAGGCUGAAGAUCGCUAAGGCAUGCAAUGCUCAUGAUGACCACCAGGGGGCGGGUGAGCACUGGAAAAAUUCGGUCAGUCCAGCCUCCAUCCAAAACCCUUACUACUCCGCUAGACCCUGUCUAAAAGCGCACUAAUCCCAAUUUUGUGACAGAGAAGAAAGGUGGAGGAGGGGACUGGAGGGGAGAAGAUGGCUAGGAGGCCGAUAGGAAGCACAUACCCACAGACUGGAGAGAUUGACAGACUUGGGGGCCUUAAUUUUGGGUAUUUUGAAAUAGUCGUCCUUAGUCCAUUCUAGCUUCAAGGAUGGCCUUGAACUCCUGGUCCUCCGGUGUCUUGCCAUCUAAAUUCUUGGAUCACCCGAGUGCACCUCAGCACACAGCUCAGAGCAUUUUAUUAGAGAAGGGACAAGAUCUAGCUUUCAUUUCAUCCCGGCUACAGUGUGGGUUAGGUAGUGUUGGAGCUCAAGACAUGGUUUGAUAACAGUCACCGUGGCACCUGGGAGACAGAG